CCUGUCUGGCACUUAAGCCUUCCAAAAUUCUCAAAAUUUUUUUUGCGUUAUCACUUUUAAUCAGGGGAAUCACAAAAUCCUAUUUUCUUAACCCAAAUUUCCUAAUAUACCCAAAUUCAAUCCUUACUUCACUUAUAUCUUUGCCUCCCUCGAUAUCCCACUUAAUCCAUAAAAAUAUAAUUAAUUUCAAAUAAUUUUCAGACGCAGAGAAUAUGGUAAAACAGAAGGGAGUAGGCAUGGUUAAAAAGGGCUUAAAAAAGACCAUCGACACGCUGGAGACAGCGUGCAUGGUCAAGACGGUGGGUUUGGGGGCGCCACUUUGCUCGUUGGCGGCCGAUGGACUCGGCGAAUUAGCCGAUUUUGGCGUGGGGCAGUUAUGUAAGUUAGUGGACGUCGGAAUUGAUAAGGUGAAAGAAGUAGGCGAGAAGGCCUGGACAGGGAUUAAAGACACCUUUUCGGGGUUAUUGAUUUGGUAA